UUCUUAACGCGCGCGUUAUGUGACAACAUGAGGUCGAGCUCUCCGGCGAGGUUGUUGAGCGGGUGUAAAGUUACGAGCGCGCAGGACACACCUCCGGGGGGGGGGGGGGAGUUCCCGGGGAGGUGGAAACAAGGAGCCGACGAUCACUUCUGCAGCAGAGCAGCGUGAGGCGUCCUUUCAGCUGGAGGCCGUGCGUCUUUUCAGCAGCGGCCGUGCCACGAAGAUCGCACAAUGGCCGGGAUGGGCAACUCUUUACGCGCGGCUGCCCUCCUGGCUUUCGUGGUUCUCUCUAUUCUGGUGUCACUCUUGAUCAGCAGCGUGCAGCAGUUUGGAGGGACCGUGUCUUACGUUUCCAAUGCGACUGUUGCUGCUGAUGAGGAGGAGUUUGCGUCCCUCCGCGGGGCGUUGAUUCACCAACUCAGCGAGAGGCGAAAAGAAAUCAUUCCGCUGCUUUUACCUGAUUAUCAUGUUGAUGGUGGGGAUGAAAACGGACUACCCGGGGACAGCCCACGUUCUCUCCACAAUGUCCAAACACAAGACUCGACUUUGGAUUACAGCCUGUGGAACGAGAUCGCGCAUGGCUCCAGGAAAGCGCGCAUGGAUGAAAUGGACUGCGACUCUCUGGUGGACAUGCAGGCUGUGGAGAUCCUCGGGUCGGGAUACACAAAACUGGGUGUCAAAGUGAAUCUAGCCGGCGGGCAGCCCGUGGCGUUGAAACUCGUCAAUGAGCAGGGCAUAGACAUGGGGAAGUGUGUGGAGGAUUUCAGAGACCCUCGAGGCUGCCGAGAGCUUGUUUCCUACAAGCUGAAGAAAGAAAUAGUCCUGUUACAGAGGCUGCAGCAUCCCAACGUCAUUAAGCUCAAAGGUCACUGUGCAGAAGGAAGAGGAGGAGAGGAUGGAAGAGUCACGGUCAUUCUGGAGCAGGGGAAUCCUCUCCAGAUGAUCCAGCUUCUCCAGAGUCCCUGGGAGGACAGAUUCAGGGUGUGUCUGGACCUGGUGCGGCUCCUGCACUUCCUGUCCGAUUCCCCGCUGGGCUCCGUGGCCCUGUUGGACUUCCAGCCCCGGCAGUUUGUCACAGUUUCCGGCCAGUUGAAGCUCACGGACCUGGACGACGCCAGCGCCGCUGAGACCUCCUGUCGGACGCACGCGGACUGCACCCUCCAGUUUCCACACAGAAAUUUCACCGUGCUGUGCUCGGCACGGGGAAUGUGUGAGGGCCUGAAUGAGAAGAGGAACAUUUACAACGCCUAUAGGUAUUUUUUCACCUACCUGCUGCCUCACCAGGCCCCGCCUGGCUUCACACACCUGGUAGACCACAUCAUGAACUCCACAGGGGAGCUGAAAGCUGACAUCAAUCAAACGCUGGAGGCCUUUGAACACAUCCUCCUCCUCUACAAGUCUGGCCUGCACCUGGACAACCUGCCUCCAUCAAUAAUCGGAGAUUACGCCGUGAUGCGAGGCAUGGGGACCUCUGGGAGCGCGGCGUACCGCUGCUGGCCGUCCUACAGCCAGCAGGGCUGCGUGCUGUCGGUGCACGGCGCCCGAGAGGCAGCGUUCAUCUGUAACUCCCACUCUCAGUGCAGCAGCUUCACUCUGACGGGACGGAAGACGUGGACGGGUCGGGUCCUGGCCUCCUUCAGCAGCGGCUUCAGUCAUCUGGUGCCUGAUGGGACGUCGGAGGUGUACGUGAAGAAAGCCAAAGCUCCCGAAGACGCAGCGGUGGCACGCGAGGACCCCAACGGACGAACCCAGCCUCGGCCGAGCCGCUGAGGGAGAGUCCAGACGAAAAACACACGACACGCAAAAAGAUGUUGGCGCUUAAGACCGGGAAAAAAAAAAACCCUGGUGUUAACGCCGCUGGGCUUUGCAGGGCGAGCGCAGUGGCCCGAGCGUAGGCGCCGAGGUGAAGAGGCGUUGGAAGUGAGGCAAGUGAAUGUGAUGUAUUUAUAGGGCUUCUGCUCAGUGACCGUUUGAUCUUCCUGCCAGCUCACUGCCUCUGCCAGCUACUAUUUAAAGGGAUUUCCCUUCAGGUACAAUUAAGGAGGGAGAGCCUUGUGCCUUCAAUGUUUCUUUUUUUUCUACCUUUAUUUGCCAUGUGUGUUGGCUUUCGUUGUGAGGCCGGGGUCCCCCCCUCGAAUGAUUUUUAAGCCAAAGAGGUAAUAAGAACAGCGGCUGCAGCUCAGCAUUUGAAGCCCGAGGACGAGAAAGGAAAACAAGCUCUUAUACAAAUACACUUUGAUGUUAAUGCGCUGAGGUUGUGGCUGUUUUUCAUGGUUCUCUGGCUUAGCUGCGCUGUGGUAUUAGAUGGCAACAACCAUGUAAGCAUUUCCACAUUAACAAUGAGUAAGAAGGAUUUAAAAAAAAAAAAAACAUUCCCGUACAGUCUGUUUUUACAUACUUUUGUAAACUUAGUUCAUUUUG